AUGGGGGUGGAUUAUUACAAGAUUUUGCAGGUGGAUAAAAGUGCGAAAGAUGACGACUUGAAGAAGGCUUAUAGAAAGCUCGCCAUGAAAUGGCACCCCGACAAGAAUCCCAAUAAUAAGAAAGAAGCGGAAGCCAAAUUCAAGCAGAUUUCUGAAGCCUAUGAUGUGCUAAGUGAUCCUCAGAAGAGAGCAGUGUAUGAUCAGUACGGUGAAGAGGGGCUGAAGGGGCAGGUGCCACCGCCAGACGCUGGUGGGCCUGGAGGACCCACCUGCUUCUCUACGGGGGGUGGACCUACAUCUUUCCGGUUCAAUACCAGAAAUGCUGAUGAUAUAUUUAAUGAGUUUUUUGGAAUUUCAAGCCCCUUUGGAGGAAUGGGAGGUGGUGGUAGUGGAAUGAGGAGUGCUAGGUUUGGAGGCAUGUUUGAUGAUGAUAUGUUUGCGACUUUUGGCGAAGGUGGUGGCGGUGGUGGAUAUCAAUCAGCGCCAAGAAAAGGAGCUCCUAUCGAGCAGAGGUUGCCUUGUACACUUGAAGAUCUCUAUAAGGGAACCACCAAGAAGAUGAAAAUUUCAAGGGAAAUUCUUGAUGCAAGUGGGAAAACAGUGCCUGUGGAGGAAAUCUUGACGAUUAAUAUCAAGCCUGGCUGGAAGAAAGGUACGAAGAUCACCUUCCAGGAGAAAGGGAAUGAGCAUCCAAAUCAAAUAGCUUCAGAUCUUGUGUUCAUUGUUGAUGAGAAACCCCAUAGAAUUUUCACUCGUGAUGGGAACGACUUGGUUGUUACAGAAAAAAUAUCUCUGGUUGAAGCAUUAACUGGUUGCACAGUGCACGUUACUACGCUAGAUGGCAGGAAUCUAACAAUUCCCAUCAACAACGUGAUCCAUCCAACUUACGAGGAGGUUGUCCCAAGAGAAGGCAUGCCGAUUUCGAAAGAUCCAACUAAGAAAGGGAAUUUGAGAAUUAAAUUCGAUAUAAAAUUUCCUGCAAGGUUGACAUCGAGUCAGAAAGCUGGUAUAAAGGAGCUCUUGGGUUCUUGA